GUGUGUCUCAGUUUUUACCUGGGAGCAAAAGUGAUGCAAGCGUUUCUGAUGAGACCAAUCCUCAGGUUAGGGUGGGGAGGAGCUGCAUAACAGGCCAUCUGCAGACUCCUGAAGACGGCAGAGACGCUGAGAAAGGGCUGUCCUUAGACAUCGGAUGUAGACAGUUGGAAGGACUAAAGCAGCAGCUCCCUCGGAUUUGUUCGCCAGGAAAAUCUGGGACAAUGGCUUGGCGCCUUUUCAGGACCACAGGGGCUCUAGCCAUUUUGAUGGUGGUCCUACUGGUUCAUGGAGAAUUGAGAAUAGAGACAAAAGGACAACAUGGAGAAUAUGAGACAGAGGUACAACAAGCCAAAAGGAGAUACAAACGUGAAUGGGUGAAAUUUGCAAGACCCUGCAGAGAAGGAGAAGACAACUCAAAGAGAAAUCCAAUUGCCAAAAUUACUUCAGACUUUCAAGCAACCCAGAAAAUUACCUACCGCAUUUCUGGAAUAGGAAUUGACCAGCCCCCUUAUGGAAUCUUUGUUGUUGACAAAAACACUGGAGAAAUUAACAUAACAGCCAUAGUUGAUCGUGAGGAAACCCCAAGCUUCCAGAUUACUUGUCGUGCUCUCAAUGCCCUAGGACAAGAUGUAGAGAAACCACUUAUACUCACGGUCAAAAUUUUAGAUAUAAAUGACAAUCCUCCAGUAUUUUCACAAAGUGUAUUCAUGGGUGAAAUUGAAGAAAACAGUGCUUCGAACUCACUGGUGAUGAUGCUCAAUGCCACAGAUGCGGAUGAACCAAACCACCUGAACUCUAAAAUUGCCUUCAAAAUCCUCUCUCAGGAACCUGCAGGCACACCCAUGUUCCUCCUAAGCAGACACACGGGAGAAGUCCGCACUCUGACCAGUUCCCUCGACCGAGAGCAAAUUAGCAGCUAUCGUCUGGUUGUGAGUGGUGCAGACAAAGAUGGAGAAGGACUAGCAAGUCAGUGUGAAUGUAGCAUUAAAGUGAAAGAUGUCAAUGAUAACUUUCCCAGACUCAGAGAAUCGCAGUAUAUAGCACGUAUUGAGGAAAACACUUUAAGUUCUGAUUUGCUUCGACUUCAAGUAAUAGAUCUGGACGAAGAGUUCACAGAUAAUUGGCUUGCAGUGUAUUUCUUUACCUCUGGAAAUGAAGGGAAAUGGUUUGAAAUAGAAACUGAUUCCAGAACUAAUGAAGGCAUCCUAAAGGUGGUUAAGUCUCUAGACUAUGAACAGCUACAAAGUGUGCAACUUGGUAUUGCCGUCAAAAACAAGGCUGAAUUUCACAAAUCAGUAAUCUCUCAAUAUCGAGUCCAGUCAACCCCACUCACAAUUCAAGUAAUAAACGUGAGGGAAGGAAUUGCAUUCCGUCCUGCUUCCAAGACAUUCGUGGUCCAACAAGGCAUAAGUAGCAGAAAAUUAAUCAAUUAUGUCUUGGGAACAUAUCAAGCCAUUGAUGAAGACACUAACAAAGCUGCCUCAUCUGUCAGAUACAUCUUGGGACGUAAUGAUGGUGGUUUGCUAAUUAUUGAUUCAAAAACUGCUCAAAUCAAAUUUGCCAAAAACAUUGAUCGGGAUGCUACUUUCAUAGUUAACAGGACAAUCACAGCUGAGGUUCUAGCCAUAGACGAAAACACGGGUAAAACAUCUACAGGCACCGUAUAUGUUAAAGUACCUGAUUUUAAUGAAAACUGUCCCACAAUUGCCCUGGAAAAGGAAACAAUCUGUAGUUCAUCACCUUCUGUGGUUGUCUCAGCUAGAGCCGUGGACAAGGAUAAAUUCACUGUCCCCUACACAUUUUCACUGGAGGAUCAACCUCUAAAACUGCCAGUUGUGUGGAGUAUCGCAUCACUGGAUGACACCUCCGCCCUCCUAAGAGCCCCACAGCAGAUAUCUCCUGGGGUGUACAGAAUCUCCCUCGUGGUCACGGACAGCCAAGGCAGGCGGUGUGAGACGCCGGAGAGCCUGACUCUGGAAGUCUGUCAGUGUGACAGCAGGGAUACCUGUGGAACUCCGGUUCCGACCAAAACGCCUUCGACCGAAAAUGGGAAGACGUCAUCUUGGAGGUUGGGGCCUGCAGCCAUUGGCCUGCUACUCCUCGGUCUUUUGAUGCUGCUGUUGGCCCCCCUUCUGCUGCUGACUUGCGACUGUGGGAGGGGUCCUAUCGGGGGAGUGACUGGUGGAUUCAUCCCAGUGCCUGAUGGUUCAGAAGGAACAAUUCAUCCGUGGGGAAUCGAAGGAGCCCACCCUGAAGACAAGGAAAUCACAAAUAUUCGUGUGCCACCCAUAUCUUCCAAUGGAGUUGAUUUCAUGGAAAAUUCCGAAGUUUGUACAAAUACAUAUGCCGGAGGGACAGUGGUAGAGGGAGCUUCGGGAAUGGAACUGACCACCAAGCUUGGAGCAGCUGGAGGAUCUGGAGCCGCUGCGGGAUUUGGAGCGGCCGCUGGCCUUAGCAUAUAUUCUGCAGGACAGUCUGGGACAAUGAGAACAAGACAUUCCACUGGAGGAACCAACAAAGACUAUGGCGAAGGGGCAGUAAACAUGAACUUCCUGGACUCCUACUUUUCUCAGAAAGCAUUUGCCUGUGCGGAGGAAGACGAUGGCCACGAAGCAAAUGACUGCUUGCUGAUCUAUGAUAACGAAGGAACCGGUGUCCCCGGUUCUCCCGUCGGCUCCCUGGGUUGUUGCAGUUUUAUUGCCGACGAGUGGGAUGAUGGCUUCUUGGACUCACUUGGCCCCAAAUUUAAAAAGCUUGCAGAGAUAAGCCUGGGGAUGGAUGACGAAGCCAAAAAAUCUCAGCCACCAGCCAAAGACAGCGGUUCUGGAGUUGAAUCCUGUGGCCAAUCCGUACAAGUUCAGCAAUCAGAAUCUGUUUGCUACCAGACGUUGUCAGGCAGCCAGGGAGCUUCUGCUUUGUCUGCUUCCAGCUCUGUUCUCCAACCAGCCAUUUCCAUUCCUGACCCUUUGCAGCAGGGUAGCUAUUUGGUAACGGAGACUUACUCGGCUUCUGGUUCCCUCAUGCAACCCUCCACUGCAGUCUUUGAUCCACUUCUCACGCAAAAUGUAAUAGUGACGGAAAGAGUGAUUUGCCCAAUUUCCAGUGUUCCUGGCAACCUACAUGCUCCGACAGAGCUACCAGGGUCCUGUAAUCAAAUCUGCACAGAAGAUCCUUGUUCCCGUCUGAUCUGAUCAAAAUGAACUGGAAUAACAUACUGGCCAAAUAUGGCCAUUUCAACCAAAUUAUUCAAAACAACAUAGCAAAUCUCAGAGUACUGGUCUGAUUUGGCACUUAUUUGCUACUCUUCUAAACUGAUUGCGAUUAUAGCCUAAAUUUUCUAGUUAAACCCCAAAAUGGAAAUGUUGUCACUCUUCUCAAAUACUAUUCCAAUCAUAGUAAAUCUUGCUGCUUUUCAAAAUAUCUUAAAAUAAUAUUCAGCAGGAAAAUUUCCUACCAAUUUUUAAACUUCAAAUGCAAUGUGUUUUAGUGGAUUAAGUGCUUGGAGUCAAGAGCCCCAGUUCUUGACUCUUUCAGCUUCUCUUAUAUCAUUAAUAAUGAUAUGAGUCAUAAGGUCUUUGCUAAAGCAUUUUGAGCUGCAUAGAGAAAAGAAGUAGCUGCAUUUGAAAUUCUGCCAUCUUCUUGGUGCUGGGAGAUCCUAGGUACAUCUUUUGCUCAAGCUAAGGGUAUUGGCUUAUAAAUAAAACUUGCUGCAUCUAUAUUUGUCAUAUUCUUAUAAUGACAAUUUUGAAAUAGAAAUGUCAUAGGACAUUUGGGAAAGUCUAUUAUGUUGUAAAUAUUAUGUGUUUUUUAAAAUCACCUUGAAAGGAUCUAUCUAAAGAAAGUAAUACAUUAAGCUAUGCACUUCAACAGUAAUCCUGUGUUAAUAGUCUUUGAAAAGUACUCUUUGGUGUUCCCGUUGUGGCUCAGAGGGAUAAGAACCUGACUAGUAUCCAUGAGGAUGCAGGUUUGAUCUCUGGCCUCACACAGUGGGAUAAGGAUCUGGUGUUGCCUUGAAAGCUGUGUUGCUGUAGCUGUGGUGUAGGCUGUCACCUGAGGCUCCAAUUUGACCCCUAGCCUGGGAACUUUCAUAUGCCACAGGUGCUGCUGUAAAAAGAAAAAAAUAUAUAUAUUCUUUAUUUUUUAAAUGUCAGUGGGUAAUGACAUAAUAUAGUGAUGUUUUUUAAAUGUCAGUGGGUAAUGACAUAAUACAGUGAUGUUUAUUAUGUUGAUGACUCUGGGAAUACAAAACAUGGCUUUCCUCAUAUGCAAAAGAGGCCUUUGAUGAGAGACUAACACAUAGUGAAAUUUGUGAAUGUGUAUUAUAUGCAAUAUUUCAAGUCAAAAAAAAUAUGGAAAGGGAUUAUCAGUGACCUCUAUUUUAUUAACCCUCACUUCUUUUAAAUUAACAGCUAUUGCAAUUUAAUUCUUGAGCAUAACAAUGUUAGGUUAGUGAGAGCUUAGAAUACAUUAUUUUGUGUUACUGUGAUGGCAAUGCAGUUCUUCAAAUCAUUUCUGAUCAUUCAAGGUCUUUAACCUUUAGCCCAUAGAGAGCACCCUACCUCUUAUCAACAUUAGCUGAGACUUACAAGGUCAUUGUCUAGCUCUAUUCUAAUUGUAUAUAAAAUACUCCUUUCAGGUUUUUGCCGUAUUCAAAACCUAUCUUUGUUUUUCAGAUGGAAUGCAAAGCAAUUAAGUGUUUGUGUUUUAACCCAGGAGGGAGCAGUCCUGAGGAUUUCUAGGGAAAAAGAGUCUCCCCCACCCCUCCCUGCCAAAUGUCCUUACAUCUAGCAUUCUUCCCUCUUCCCACUUCCACGACCACCAGGAAGGUAUGGCUAAGACAGCCCGAGAAGCAGGGCCAACCUAUUUUUCCAAGACCAGGCUCCAAGGUAGCAAGGCCUGCGGGGUGCCCAUCUUGAGAUGAGGGGAACUAGACCCUUUGGAGGAGGCUCCCAGAUCCUGAGGAAGUCACUCUGUUAUUACCACGAGGUCCUCUGCUCAAUAGAAUUUUGCUCCCAGAUCUAGAACACACAGAGCCCAUUUGUUCCUUUGUGUAUGCAUGAGAAUUAAAUUAGUCACAAGAAGAACCCUGAUUCCAAGUUCAAAAGUGUUUUUAGGAUCCUCAAAGUAUUUUACCAUUGCCUCUUAAAAAAACCAACUCUCCAUCAAAUGGGGAUUUUGCUGCAUUGUCAAACUACAGAAGAAACCAUGCCUUCACAGUAAAGUCUAAUAAGGGAAAAACUGAAAUGAAAUGAAAUAUAUUUAAAAUAAAAAUAGAUCCGUUGGGUCUAGGGGGACCUACAAAUGAUUCGUCAUGUAAAAUUAAAUUCAAAGCAAAAAAUGUAUAUGUACUUUUUCAGAAAGAAUAAAAACUGUUUCAAGUAGAAAAAUUUAAAACUUCAAAAUCUUUUUACUUGAUGUAUUGUGAAUUUUAAACAGU